AUGCCACCACCUACAAAUUCUUGGCUUUCUCACAGAAACUUUGGAAUUGUUAUAGACGCUGGUAGUUCUGGUUCAAGAGUACAAAUUUAUUCUUGGAAAGAACAUGGGUUUGUUAGACAAGUAAAAAAUGCAGGUGAACUUCACAUCUUACCAGCUAUUGAGCGAGGGGAUGAGUUUGGACUUAAAUGGCAAUUUAAAGUUGAACCAGGGAUAUCUACGUUUGCAACGAAUCCAACAGAAGUGGGAGAAUUACAUUUGAAAAAAUUAUUAGAUUUCGCGUUGCAAGUAGUACCAUUGAACGAAAUUUCACAAACCCCUGUAUAUUUAUUAGCCACUGCUGGAAUGCGGUUAUUACCAUCAUCUCAACAACAAGCGAUUCUUCAAAAUGCAUGCGAUUACAUAAUGUUUAAUUAUGUCUUCAAAAUUGGUAAAUGCUCAGAUCAUGUACAAGUAAUCUCAGGAGAAUGGGAAGGAAUUUAUGGGUGGAUAGCAGUUAAUUAUCUGAUGAGUGGAUUUGAAAAUGACGGUGGAAAAGAACAUAUAAUUCAAUCACGACAAAAAAAUGAUUUAGGAAAUUUUGAUGAUGAUUAUAAUUCAGAGAAAAUUAAACACACUACAACAUUUGGUUUUUUAGAUAUGGGAGGCGCUAGUACACAAAUAGCUUUUGAACCAAAUUCAUUAGAGUCAAAAAAACAUGCGGAUGAUUUAACUAAAGUUACAUUGUAUACUUUGGACGGUGAAAAAGUAGAAUAUAAUGUAUUUGUUACAACAUUUUUAGGAUUUGGAACUAACGAAGCAAGGCGUAGAUAUAUAGAGGAUCGUAUUCAAAAGUACACAGCAACACAUGAACAGAUUACUAAUCCUGAAACGUCUCGCGAGCAACCGACCGUUUUAAUUAAAGAUCCAUGUUUGCCAGUUAAUUUACUUCUCACGGAUACUUCACUUCCACCUCCUUAUUAUACUCUUCAAGGGUCAGGCUCUUUCAGUCAAUGUCUUGAACUUACAUAUCCUUUAUUAAAUAAAACUGCACCUUGUCUAGACGAUCCUUGUUUAUUCAAUGGCGUUCACACACCAAAUAUUGAUUUUUCCGUCAAUCAUUUUGUUGGUAUAUCAGAAUAUUGGUAUUCAUCCCAAGAUGUUUUUGGAUUAGGUGGGAUUUGGGAUUUUGCGGAAUUUGAGAGCAAAGCAAAUGAUUACUGUGCAAAAGAAUGGGAUAAUAUUGUGAAUAAUUAUCAAAAAGGAAAAGUUUGGAACAAAAAUGUAGAUUUAACAAGAUUAGAAAUGCAAUGUUUCAAAGCAGCAUGGUUAGUCAAUGUAUUGCAUGAAGGUAUCGGAGUUCCAAGGAUGAUCGAUGAUGAUCCGGGCAAUCCUGAUAACAAAUUAAUAGAUAAAGUGAGGAAAGCUCCACAUUUUCAAAGUAUUAAUAAUAUCAAUGACGUGCAGGUCAGUUGGACUCUUGGGAAAAUGGUUAUGGAAGCGUCAAGUACCAUUCCCUUAUUAUGGGAACCGCAUCCACAUCCUCCACCGCAGCCCCAAGGUCAUGGUUUACUUGGAUAUUAUAAUUAUUUAGUUGAAUGGAUGAUCGGAAUUUUAAUCUUAUUAAUUUUAUUGAUUUUUAUUUGGUUUACAUGUUUGCGCAAAUAUGGACUUGGAAAAAGGAGGAGGAUAAGUAUUGGAUUUUUAUAUUCAUGUUUUCUUUCUUCGGUUCGAAAAGGGGCGAGAGAUGGUGGACCGGAUUAUGGGAAAUUGGAAGGAGGACAAUUUCCUUCUACAGGUUUUUCCUCUUGGAAUAACCGAGUUAUAGGUUAUUUUAGAUGGAAAUUUCUUCAAUUAUCUUCGCCAUUUCGAAAAUUUUUCACUAAAAAGGGAGAAAAUUCAGGAGAAGUAGUACCAGUAACAUUAGUACCAGGAGACGAAGAAGAAAUGGUUCAACUUCGACAAUCAUCAUCUAUUGACGUUACUUCGAAUUCAGCAAUUACGAUUACUGAAACACCUGCCUCACCUACGUUAGAGAUAGGGCAAUCGCCUACAGAACAAACAUCUCAAUUUCCAUCUUAUUUCCAUUCAACUCGGUAUUUAUCAAAAAAACGUUUUAGUGGAGAUAGUGUAAUGCCUAAUGAAGGUAUUAAUAAAGGAUUUUCGACUCCAGUUAAUUUAUCAUUAACUGGAUUACAGUCAAGGAAUAGUAGCUUAACAAAUCUUGGGAAAUUUAAGGAUCGUUCAGGAGUAAAUACUAGUAGUAUCAGCUUAGGAGGACAAUCAGGUUCAAAUAAUGGAGGAUAUCUUAAUGAUUCUGGAAUGUCUUUAUCAAAUAAUAUUAGUCCGAAUUAUCCUUUAGGACAAUUGAAAAAUCCUCCAACUUCGGCAGAACAAACAAGUUAUUCGACAUCAUCUACGAAAUCAUUUAGUUUUCCAAUGUCAACAUCAUCACCUAGAAAUUCUCUGUUACCUACGAUUAAUACUAAUUUAGGCCAUAAUAGUAAUAAUUCUACUGAUAUGUCAUCAGCGUCAAGUGUCGUAACAGGUAUGAUAGGUUUAAGUAGGCCAAAUAGUCGAGCAGGAAGAAAUUUAAGCAUAGACAAAACUAAUAGAUUAUCUG